CAGAGCCCAGGAGCGGACCGGACGGACGGACGCGCAGGCACCAAAAGUUUCCCAAAUGGAGUUCUUCGGUGGAAUCAGACCUCUGUUGUUUUCCUACGUUCUGAUCAACGGCAUUUUUAUCACGCUGCAAUCCAAAGAAGAGGUGCUUUUGGACAUGAGGGCAACGGGAGGUGAACUGGGCUGGCUGACAUGGCCCUUAGAUCAGGUAGACAAGCCCGGGUGGGAGGUUGUACAGAAGACUCUGAACGGCUCCCAGUUUUAUGCCUACUCCGUCUGCAACGUCGGGGAACCGGAACAAGACAACUGGCUGCGCACCACUUUCAUCCAACGGCGUCCGUCAGCGUCGCGGAUUUUUGUGGAGCUCCAGUUUAUCGUGCGCGACUGCAACUCAUUUGACGCCUCGGUGCCUUGCAAGGAGACCUUCAACCUUUUCACGUCCGAGUCCGACGCCGACGUGGGCACUACCUUCCGCAAGGGCCAGUUUAAGAAAGUCGUCACGAUAGCUCCUGAUGAGAUCACCAGCAAAAACGGCAUGCGCAUCAACACUGAGACCAAAGUGGUGGACAACCUGUCCCGGAAAGGUUUCUACCUGGCCUUUCAAGACAUCGGAGCCUGUGUGGCUCUGCUGUCUGUGAAGGUCUACUACAAAGCGUGCACCGCCACGGUGGAGAGCCUUGCACGGUUUCCUGAGACGGUGGCUGGAAGUGAGAACCAGGCGCUCCGAGAAGUGAAGGGGGAGUGUGUGGAGAAUGCCCAGAGCGAAGAGGUGCCUCGCAUCUACUGCACCGCGGACGGAGAGUGGGUGGUUCAAGUCGGACACUGCCAGUGCAAGCCCGGCUAUGAAAAAGUCGGGGACACAUGUCAAGAAUGUCAACCGGGCUUCUUCAAAGCUGCAUCGUCUGAUGGCAAGUGUGAGCCGUGUCCCGCCAACACCCAGGGCCUGGAAGCCGGGGCCGCGUUCUGUCCCUGCAUGGACGGCUUCUACCAGGCCCCAACGGACCCCAUCACAGGACCCUGCUCAGGCCUCCCCACGGCCCCUCGAGAUCUCGUGGCCACCACCACCCAGCUCUCUGCCGGAAAGCUGCUCCUGUCCUGGAGCCCGCCGGACGACACCGGGGGUCGAAGCGACAUCACCUACAGCGUGGAAUGCCAGAGCUGCGAGGGCGGUGCGUGCCGGCCCUGUGGUGAGAAGAUCCGCUACGAGCCGGCCAGCGCGGGCCUGACUCUCACCAGGGUGACGGUGAGCGAGCUCGACGCUCACCUCAACUACACCUUCAUCGUGGAGGCACACAGCGGCGUGUCGAUGUUCGCCGGUCAGGCGUCGGCGCGGGCUCACAAGCCGCCGUCCACCAGCGCUCUCACGACGUCUCUGCACUACACAGAUCCUCCCAAAAUCACCUCUAUGACAGUGAUUGAAAAGAGCGUCACCAGCUUGUCCCUGUCCUGGGAUGUUUCUCCUCGGCCACGCCUCCACGCCCCUCCAAUCCGCUAUGAGCUUACCUACCGGAAGAAGGAUGAUAACCUGGAUGUCACCACCUACACGGUGCUCAUCCUGGAGAAGAGCUCUGUGCAGAUCAGUGAACUGGCUCCUGGAACAGCCUACCUGUUCAGGGUGCAGGCCCUCAGCUCAGACGGCAGCCCUGGAGGCUCCAGCAUAGAGGAGCAGUACGAGACCUUGCAUGAAAGACCCUUUCCUCCCAUAAACACAACAGCGAUCCUCGCAGCGGCAGUCGGGGGAGCCGUCAUGCUGUUUAUUGUGGUCGUCGUCCUGUUCCUGCGUAGACGGAAGAGAAACUCUCACAGUAGACAAGGAGCAGAGGACAACUACUUCUCCAGCCCAGAGCAGUUGAAGCCCCUGAAGACAUACGUGGAUCCACACACGUACGAGGACCCCAACGUAGCCGUCCUGAAGUUUGCCACUGAAAUCCACCCGAGCCACAUAACCAAACAGAAAGUCAUCGGAGCCGGAGAGUUUGGCGAGGUGUAUCGUGGCAUUCUGAAGGUGCCGGGCAGGAAGGACGUGGCCGUGGCUAUCAAGACGCUGAAGCCCGGCUACACGGAGAAGCAGAGGCAGGACUUUUUGAGCGAGGCCUCCAUCAUGGGGCAGUUCACUCACCAGAACAUCAUCCGCCUCGAAGGGGUUGUCACCAAAUGUAAGGAUUACUUUAAACAUGCAAUGAUCGUGACCGAGUACAUGGAAAAUGGAGCACUGGAUCGAUAUCUGAAAGACCACGAUGGCGAGUUUUCCUCCUUCCAGCUGGUGGGCAUGCUGCGCGGCAUCGCUGCAGGCAUGAAAUACCUCUCCGACAUGAGCUACGUGCACCGCGACCUGGCCGCUCGCAACAUCCUGGUCAACAACAACCUGGAGUGCAAAGUGUCCGACUUCGGCCUGUCCCGAGUGCUGGAGGACGACCCCGAGGGAACGUACACCACCAGCGGAGGCAAGAUUCCCAUUCGAUGGACGGCUCCAGAGGCAAUAGCGUACAGAAAAUUCACCUCGGCCAGUGACGUGUGGAGUUUUGGCAUCGUCAUGUGGGAGGUCAUGGCUUUUGGUGAAAGGCCUUACUGGGACAUGAGCAACCACGAGGUAAUGAAAGCCAUCAACGAGGCGUUCAGGCUGCCCGCCCCGAUGGACUGUCCCUCGGCCGUCUACCAGCUGAUGCUGCAGUGCUGGCUUCAGGAUCGCUCCAAAAGGCCGCGGUUUGGAGACAUCGUCAGCCUGCUGGACAAGCUGCUGCGAAGCCCAGACUCCCUGAAGACCAUAGCAGACUUUGACCCACGCGUAUCCAUCCGCCUGCCCAGCACCAGCGGCUCGGACGGUUCCCCCUUCAGGUCGGUGUCCGAGUGGCUGGAGUCCAUCAAGAUGAGCCAAUACAGCGAGAACUUCACCUGCGCUGGGAUCAUCAACAUGGACCAGGUCCUGCAGAUGAAGAACGAGGACAUCAAGAACAUCGGGGUGCGGCUGCCCGGCCAUUUGAAAAGAAUUGCCUACAGCAUCUUAGGCUUGAAGGACCAGACCAGCACCCUGAGCGUGUUCGCAGUGUGAUCUUGCCGACGAAGAUGAGCGUAACUUGGUCACUGGAGCGUCACGCGGCCUUUUGAGUUUGAAGUAGAGCUGGAGCGAUACCGAUACCGCAGGAACGGCUUUGGAACAACCGAACCCUGAGAACUGUGCCAGCUCUUCUGUCCGAUCGAGUCGGACUGCCUCACUGUACAUUUUUUUCGAUUUCUUCAUCAUAUCCGCAGGGAAUGGAGCAAAAUACACAACAAUAGAUGUAUCAAGUAGACUCUGUAUAGUAAAAUAUCUAUUUUGUAUUACUCGUCACCUGUACAGAUACAAUUUAUUGCUCGUGCAUUUAGAUUUUCAUUUUCCAUUCCUGUAUUUAAAAAAAAAAAAAAAAAAAAACAAAGAAAAAAAACAAACAAACAUCAUUAAUCAAUCCAGCGCUGGGAAAAAA